AUGCAAACGAGAGUAGUAGUAGAGGAGAGGAGAGGGUGUGAAUCUUUGGUGAUGAGGAAUGGUGAUGACAGGCAGAUACCUGGGGCCCACAUCCCAUGUGCUUCUUUCUAUCUUUCUAAUUCCUAGGCAAAAUGCAAUAUGCACUCUCACAUCACACUCCUUCUCUAACUAAACCAAACAACAACAUGUACCCUCUGGCAGCCGUCGCCAUGUUGAUCUUCCUCGUCAUGGCAACCUCCGAAGCCGACGACACAGCAGCAAUGCUCUCCCUCAAGGAAGCCCUCAACCCGCCGGGAUGGUCCGACCCCAACCCCUGCAACUGGCCCCACGUCGGAUGCUCCGACGAGAACCGGGUGACCCGGAUCCAAAUCGGGCGCCUCAACCUCCAAGGCACGCUCCCCAACGCCCUCAACAACCUCACUCACUUGCAGCACCUCGAGUUCCAGUUCAACAACAUCUCCGGCCCCCUCCCCUCCCUCUCCGCCCUCACCAACCUCCGCGUCCUCAUCGCCGCCAACAACCGCCUCACCGCCCUCCCCUCCGACUUCCCCGCCGCCCUCUCCCAGCUCCAAGCCCUCGAGAUCGACAACAACCCCUUCCAGCCCUGGCACAUUCCCCACUCCCUCCCCAACGCCUCUUCCCUUCAGAACUUCUCCGCCAACUCCGCCAACCUCAUCGGCACCCUCCCGGACUUCUUCUCCUCCGACGCCUUCCCCGGCUUGACCCUUUUGCACCUCGCCUUCAACAGCCUCGAGGGAACCCUUCCCUUCAGCUUUGCUACCUCCCAGAUUCAGUCUUUGUGGCUGAAUGGGCAGAAGAGUGAGAAUAAGCUUGCUGGGACUCUUUCUGUUCUGCAGAACAUGACUUUUUUAACCGAGGCUUGGUUGCAUUCAAAUGCCUUCACCGGCCCCUUGCCCGAUUUUUCCACCUUCAACAGUUUGCAGGUUUUGAGUUUGAGGGAUAACAGGCUUACCGGCCCUGUUCCGGGGUCCUUGCUGGGGCUUAAGUCGCUUAAAGUUGUCAACUUGACUAAUAAUUUUUUUCAGGGUGCAAUGCCUGUGUUUGGGGAUGGGGUUGAGGUGGACAAUGGGAAGGAUUCCAAUAGUUUUUGUUUGCCGGGUCCUGGGGAUUGUGAUCCCAGGGUGGGGCUGCUUCUUUCUGUUGUCAGGUCUUUUGGGUAUCCUCAGAGGUUUGCUGAGAGUUGGAAGGGGAAUGAUCCUUGUUCUGAUUGGAUUGGGAUUACUUGUAGUGAUGGGAAUAUAACUGUUGUUAAUUUUCAGAAGAUGGGGCUCAGUGGUGUGAUAUCGCCCGAGUUUGCUAAGAUUAAGUCCUUGCAGAGGCUUGUGCUGGCUGAUAACAAUCUCACUGGUGUGAUUCCGCAGGAGCUUGCUACUUUGCCUGUGCUUACUCAAUUGAAUGUUGCCAACAAUAGGCUUUAUGGGAAGGUGCCCAGUUUUAAGAGUAAUGUGGCUGUGACUACGACUGGUAAUGUUGAUAUAGGGAAGGAUAAGAGCAGUGAGUCACCUCAGGGUUCGGUGUCUCCCGCGGACGCCAAGGGAGGAGAUGGUGGAGGUUCGGGAUAUGGUGGAAGAAAGUCUUCUUCCCAUGUGGGAGUGAUCGUGUUUUCAGUGGUAGGAGCUGUGUUUGUUGUUUCAAUGAUUGGUUUCUUGGUUUUCUGCUUGUUUAGGAUGAAGCAAAAGCAGUUGAGCAGGGUCCAGAGCCCUAAUGCGCUGGUUAUUCAUCCCAGGCAUUCUGGAUCGGAUAACGAGAGUGUGAAGAUAACGGUUGCAGGUUCAAGUGUCAGUGUUGGUGGUGCUAGUGAGACGCAAACCAUUCCCGGCAGCGAGGUGGGAGAUAUUCAAAUGGUUGAAGCGGGAAACAUGGUCAUUUCCAUUCAAGUCCUGAAGAAUGUCACUAACAAUUUCAGUGAGAAGAAUAUAUUGGGACAAGGUGGCUUUGGAACUGUUUAUAAAGGUGAACUCCACGAUGGUACAAGGAUUGCCGUGAAGAGAAUGGAGUCCGGGGCGAUAACUGGGAAGGGUGCCGCAGAAUUCAAGUCUGAAAUCGCUGUUUUGACCAAGGUUCGCCACAGGCAUCUUGUUGCUCUUCUUGGUUACUGUUUGGAUGGGAAUGAGAAGCUUCUUGUGUACGAGUACAUGCCUCAGGGGACGCUAAGUAGGCAUCUUUUUAACUGGCCAGAGGAAGGAUUGGAACCACUGGAGUGGAAUAGAAGAUUGACCAUUGCCUUGGAUGUGGCAAGGGGUGUUGAGUACCUCCAUGGUUUGGCCCAUCAAAGCUUCAUACACAGGGACUUAAAACCUUCGAACAUUCUCCUUGGAGAUGAUAUGAGGGCCAAGGUUGCUGAUUUUGGUCUUGUGCGGCUUGCUCCAGAAGGAAAAGCCUCUAUAGAAACAAGAAUUGCUGGAACUUUUGGAUAUUUGGCGCCAGAGUAUGCAGUUACAGGUCGUGUGACAACUAAGGUUGAUGUGUUCAGCUUUGGAGUAAUACUGAUGGAGCUGAUGACAGGAAGAAAAGCGCUUGAUGAAACCCAACCAGAGGAUAGCAUGCACCUUGUAACAUGGUUCCGCAGAAUGUCCAUAAAUAAGGACUCAUUCCGCAAGGCCAUUGACCCCACAAUUGAGCUCAAUGAGGAAACGCUAGCCAGUAUUCACACCGUAGCCGAGUUAGCAGGCCACUGCUGCGCAAGGGAGCCAUAUCAAAGACCUGACAUGGGUCAUGCUGUUAAUGUGCUUUCUUCUCUUGUGGAACUCUGGAAACCAUCUGAUCUAAACUCCGAAGAUAUAUAUGGCAUUGACCUUGACAUGUCCUUACCACAAGCACUUAAGAAGUGGCAGGCUUAUGAAGGUAGAAGUCAAAUGGAGUCUUCUUCUUCCUCCUCUCUUCUUCCAAGCUUGGAUAACACACAAACAAGUAUACCUACACGCCCUUAUGGAUUUGCUGAUUCUUUCACGUCAGCAGAUGGUAGGUGAUCAUGCUUGCUUGUAAAUAUUUGUAAGGUGUUUCUUACUUUCUUUAGUGUGUAUGUUUAUUCCCAAGUCCUUGCUUCUUGCUGGCUUUUCUUUGUGCACUUGUUUAUCAUUUUCAUGGUGUAGUUCUCCUCCUUGAUUAAUUUACACCAUAUUUAGCACUUGUUGAGGACUUUUGCUGACAAGCUGGGAAGAGAUUCUCAGCUGAGGAUGUAUUUUCAUCAUCUCACAUUCAUGUUUUUGCCCACCUUUGAGUUAAUUUUGAGAUGUGUAAAUCAAAUAUCACUCUUGAGCUUCCA